AUCACAAAUCAAGCUCACACACCCAGCGAAAUCCAAGAAGAGAGAAGCAGCCAUCCAUGGCGCCCAAGGCGGAGAAGAAGCCGGCGGCGAAGAAGCCCGCGGAGGAGGAGCCCGCGGCGGAGAAGGCCCCGGCGGCGGGGAAGAAGCCCAAGGCGGAGAAGCGGCUCCCCGCGGGGAAGGGCGAGAAGGGCGGCGCCGGCGAGGGGAAGAAGGCCGGGAGGAAGAAGGGGAAGAAGAGCGUGGAGACCUACAAGAUCUACAUCUUCAAGGUUCUCAAGCAGGUCCACCCCGACAUCGGCAUCUCCUCCAAGGCCAUGUCCAUCAUGAACUCCUUCAUCAACGACAUCUUCGAGAAGCUCGCCGCCGAGGCCGCCAAGCUCGCCCGCUACAACAAGAAGCCCACCAUCACCUCCCGCGAGAUCCAGACCUCCGUCCGCCUCGUCCUCCCCGGCGAGCUCGCCAAGCACGCCGUCUCCGAGGGCACCAAGGCCGUCACCAAGUUCACCUCCGCUUAGGCUUUUCCUCUGUCCUCCUGUCUCGUCUUGUCGCUGCUAAUGCUAGUUGUAGUUGUGGUAGUUUGCAGAUUUGGAUAGUUUGGUACUGUGGUGUAUUUACCCUGGCUAUUGACUAUCUUGGUGGAUAAGGAACACUAUCAUUGUUAUUAUGGAGAAAUAGUAGUUAUGCUACUUUAAUCAGCUUGCCUUUGUCU